UAAUUAUAUUUUAAAAGUAAAUAAUCAUUGAUCUUUGUAUGAUGGAUUUACAAGAUCUUAUCGCGAGAAAGAGAUCGGCACUGAAGCCUUGCAAAACAGUGAUAACGGACUCGCUUGGCAACAAAUGUGAGAUUGAACACGGUCAAGUAAAAAAACUUGAAAAAGGACUGCCAUUUGUAGUAGAUGAGAAACCUGAUUUACAUGUUGCCAAUAUAAUACCGGGAUUAUAUCUCAGCUCUCAAGAUCCAGUGGUUUGUAGUGAUAUAUUAAACAAGUACGAAAUAGGACAUAUUUUGAGUAUAGGUGUUAACAUAUCUGAAAAAUUCGAUGAUAUUCGGUAUUAUAACUGUGACUUGUUAGACUUACCGGAAUCAAAUAUAAUGUUGUCGAUGAAGAAAUGUGUUGAUAUUAUACAUGCGAAUCGCAGAGAAAAUAUUCUUGUACAUUGCAAUGCUGGUGUUUCUCGUUCUCCCACAAUCAUUAUUGCUUAUUUAAUGAUUAUGAUGGAACUGUCGUAUAAGGAGGCUUAUGAUAAAGUAAAAAAAGCGAGAAGUUGCAUUAAGCCUAACGAUGGAUUUGUAAAACAAUUGCAAAGUAUUGAAAAUAUUUCUUUCAGUAAAUUAUAAUAUUUUGAAAUAUGGCAAAUUAUUUAUUUACUUGAACACAUUUGCGGUCGCUGACGCCACAUCUUUCAUAUUACUUGAGUUGUUUAAAUGGAAAGGUAAAAGAGAGAUAACACAUGAAAAAGUAGAGUGAACAAAUGGAUCAAUGAUGUAAUAUAUUGUUACAAUAGAAUCCACGUGUUAUAACAUUAUUUACUUAUGUGUACAGAGAAUAUUGUUUUAUAUAAUUACAAUGUAUCUUAUUAUAUAUGUUAUAACUCAUUAGAAAAUUAUAUUCAUGCACAGCAUCUAUCAAAUUCUUAGCCAAAACUAAGCAUAUUAAAAUUUACUAAUUCUGGCUCUCUUAUAUUUACCAUGCAUUGGAGAUGACACAUAGGUCGCCGUACCAAGUAGAUUUAUAAAAAUUACUGUAAAUCUAAAAAAUAUAAGUGAAUUUCUGUAUACAUGAUAAUCUCCUAUUAUUUAAAUCGCAAUAUAGUAUAUAUAUCAUUGUGUACCCAAGGUACCUCUAUGUAUAUUACCUAUUACAUAUAUUAAUUGUAUAGAAUAGUUAUUAUCUGUAUUCAUAUAUGUGUUUACAUGUGAUGUGUAUAUAUACAGGAUGUACUAAAACUAUCAGAUGAUAUUCUAAGGACGGGUAAUUUUCUCUCAAUUUGAAAUAGAUUACUGCUACAACAAAAAUAUCAAAGUAUUAAUAAACGCUAUCAAACUUCGAAACAUAUUAAAAAUAUAAGAUUCUUCAG